AUGAACGACUCUGUGCGGACAACUACAACGAUUUCAAGCACAAAAUCACUUGUUCUCCGCUUCCAACUGUCCGCCAUUCUCCACCUCCUCCUCCUCUCCUUCACUCCAAUCAUCAUGUCUGUAACUGCUGAAAAUCACAAUCAACAGAUGAAUCGAGCAGAGUCACACAGUUUACGACGCGGUAUGCUUCGUAAACUUGGACUCGAGCACGUUCCAGUUCAGACUGGACCGAGUAUAGAUGUUCCACAGCAUAUGUGGGACAUUUAUGAUGAUGAAAAUGAUGUCGACUGGGUCAGACAUUAUUAUCCGAAGGAGAUCAUUGAAGAUAACGAUGGAUUCAUUUUGUCUUAUAACCUUUCAUUGGCAGCACGAAACGCCCACAAUGAAGAAGUCCAUAAGGCAAUUUUAAAACUUCGUUUACGACGCAACAACAAAGCGAGGAGGUCCGGCAAUUUUUCUAUUUAUUUCUUCGAAGAUGAUAUGAACAACGAUCGGUUUCAAAUCGAAUCUCGAUCCGUCGAUAAUCUAACCGAUUGGAUUGAUUUCGAUGUGACCGCUGCGUUCUCAAGACGGACAGACCGUAUCAGUUUCUUUGUCGAAUUGCCGGAAGAUGUGGAGAUUGAAGAGACACAGAGCAGCUCACUGAGUUCAUUACCAUACGCAAGAGCUCGGAGUGCGCCGCUUAUUGUGUUCAGUGACCUGUCCGAACCGUCAAGUGUAAGGCGGAAACGGAGUGCACAAACAGGCAACAGCGAACGAAAAAAUCGAAAGAAGGGUAGAAAACAUCAUAAUAAUGAGGCGGAGAGUAACCUCUGCCGAAGAACAGAUCUCUAUGUGGAUUUUGACGAUCUGGGCUGGCAAGACUGGAUUAUGGCACCAAAGGGCUACGAUGCGUAUCAGUGCCAAGGUUCCUGUCCAAAUCCAAUGCCAGCUCAUUUGAAUGCAACUAACCACGCUAUUAUUCAAUCACUUUUACACUCUUUAAAACCUGAUGAAGUACCACCACCAUGCUGUGUGCCUACUGAAACGAGCCCUCUUUCGAUUCUCUACAUGGAUGUAGAUAAAGUAAUAGUGAUAAGAGAGUAUGCCGACAUGCGGGUUGAUUCAUGCGGGUGCCGGUGA